AAAGGCGAGAAAAGAAUAGUAAGUUAGAGGUGUUGAUGUGAAUUGGGCAUUUUGAUCUGGGUACUAACCCUCUCUAUAUGUGAUUGAAGUUCGUUACUCUUACAAUAGAGAGAGGCACUGAAACCUCAUAUUGGAAAUUCAGACUCUCUAUUGAAAUCAUGAAGAUCGUACGCAAACAGCUUGAUCCAAAUGGAGCUGGUAGCGUCAAGAUGGUGCCGGUUGAUUCAGAUGAUCUAUGGCAUGCGUUCAAUCUGAUAGCUCCGGGAGACACUGUUAUGGCUGUCACCGUUAGAAAAGUCAUCAAAGAGAAGGCUUCUGGAGGAAGAGAUGCAGAACGAGUGAAACUCAAGCUAGAAAUAAAAGUUGAGGAGGUGGCAGAUUAUGACAAAGUUGGCUCUAUUCUGCGGAUACGUGGAAAAAAUAUUCUUGAAAAUGAGCAUGUGAAGAUUGGGGCUUACCAUACUCUAGAACUUGAGCUGAAUCGGCCAUUUGUCUUGAGAAAGGAUGUUUGGGACUCUUUUGCACUAGAUGUACUCCAUCAAGCUUCUGAUCCUGCUGCUAGUGCUGAUUUGGCUGUGGUUUUAAUGCAAGAAGGACUGGCGCAUGUUCUCCUUGUUGGAAAAAGUAUGACAAUUACUCGAGCUCGAAUAGAAACUUCAAUUCCUCGCAAGCAUGGGCCGGCUAUUGCUGGUUAUGAGUCAGCCUUGAGUAAAUUCUUCGACAAUGUUUUGCAGGCUUUCUUGAAGUAUGUUGAUUUUAAUGUGGUGCGCUGUGCAGUGAUAGCUAGUCCUGGAUUUACAAAGGACCAGUUCCAUCGACACUUAUUAUUGGAAGCCGAAAGAAGACAGCUAAGACCUAUUAUUGAGAAUAAAUCUCGCAUAGUUCUUGUACAUACAACCUCAGGAUACAAGCAUAGUUUACGAGAGGUUUUGGAUGCUUCAAAUGUCAUGAAUAUGAUAAAAGACACUAAAGCUGCUCAGGAGGUGCGAGCUCUAAAGGACUUUUUCAGCAUGCUCUCUAAUGAUCCAGACCGUGCUUGUUAUGGACCGAAACAUGUGGAGGUUGCCCAUGAACGACUGGCUAUUCAAACGUUGCUCAUUACUGAUGAUCUCUUCAGGAAUAAUGAUAUAACGGAGCGACAAAAGUAUGUCAAUUUGGUUGAUUCAGUUAGAGAUUCGGGUGGCACUGUUCAUAUAUUUUCAUCCAUGCACGUCUCGGGGGAACAACUUGCCCAGAUAACUGGAAUUGCAGCUAUCCUACGAUUUCCUCUGCCGGAUCUCGAAGACAUUGAAAUGUAAAUGUAAUGUGGUUGAAUUUAUUACAAUGUUAUUUUGUUUAAAACAUUAAUUUAUGGCCAUUGGCCUGCAUAUAAUAAGAUGACGUCUGUAUCUUUGUAUUGUUCUAAAAUUUGUAGAUUGAACGAACAGUCUACCCCUAGAUUAUACUAUGUGUAUAUGUUUAACUUUCAAAGUAUAUGUCCUAUUACCGUACAAUAAUAAUAUUUGUCAUUUGUCA